AUGCCAUCACUCAAAACAAAUGAGGGCGACAGGAGUCCUUAUGACGACGCUUCUUCCGAGAAUGUCGUGACGUCUGUGCCUUCAGUCCCAGUGACGGUCGAAAGACGGCCAUUCAUAGAGGCCGACGACGACGAACGGCUGCCACAUCCAGGAACUACUAGAGCCAACACUGCACCAUCAUACGAACAACCUCACGGUACUACUAUUGACAACUGGAGCGAGCAGCACAAGAAUUCAACUGUCCUGCAACAGCACCUCGACUUCUUUGACCGAGACAAGGACGGAAUCAUUUGGCCUUCCGACACCUACAUUGGCUUUCGCAGACUAGGAUUCAGCAUUUGGUUCUCCUUGCUCUCCGUCUUCAUCAUCCACGUCAACAUGUCGUAUGCGACGCUCAAGAGCUACAUCCCGGAUCCCUUUUUUCGCAUCAACCUGGACAAUAUCCACAAGGCCAAGCAUGGCAGCGACAGCAAUACAUAUGACACCGAGGGACGGUUUAGCCCGCAAAAGUUUGAAGACAUUUUUUCGAAAUACUCGACUGACAAGGAGAGCUUGACAGUGGGGGAUAUCAGCAACCUGCUCAAAGGCCAGCGGCUGCUGUCCGAUCCUAUCGGGUGGUUUGGUGCAUUUUUCGAGUGGGGCGUCACAUAUCUCAUGAUCUGGCCCGAGGACGGAAGGCUGAAGAAGGAAGAUGUCCGUAGGGUAUUUGACGGGAGCUUGUUCUACCACAUUGCCGCAAAGCGCCAAAGGGCGUCUCGCUCAUGA